AUGAGCGCCGUCCGCUUCAUGCUGGAUCGCGAGCAUCCCCGCCUGCCUCCCAAGCAAGGCGACUCGAACUUGUACGUCCUCGGCGAGCUCAGCGGCCACAAUGUUGUCCUCGCGUGCCUUCCCGGCAUCCAGGGAAAAGGCGCCGCUGCGACCGUCGCCACGAACUUGGCUCGCACUUUCCCCUCCGUCCAGUGGCGAUUUCUCGUCGGUAUCGGAGGACACGUGCCCAGCGACAAGCAUGACAUCCGCCUGGGCGAUGUGGUGAUCAGCAUGCCCGAAGGCCAAUAUGGCGACAUGGUCCAAUACGACCUAGGAAGGGAUACCGAGGACAACUUCCAGCUGAAAGGAUUCCUGUUGCCUCCCCCAGCGAUGUUGAGGGGCGCUGUCGAGCUGAUGCAGUCCGACCACCUGAUGGCGGAUAACAAGGUGGUUGCGCCCUUCUCAUCCGAACAAUGUCCGGGUCAGAGUACUUUAGAUCAUCUUUUGUAUGUCGAUGAAGAGUGGAUAACUCUAGAUGGCAAGAAAUGUCUUUGGCUACCAGCGGAUUACAGGACUUCUAAAGUAGCCGUGUACGGUACUAAGGUGGCACUGGGACAUUGGUUUGGUGGACUAACAUUCUUGGAAGUGAAAUUUACAUAA